CGGGCCCGACUGAACCGAAGGUCGUCCAGGUUCUUCUCUUUUUUCACCUGCGGUGGCUCCUUUUCUUUUCGCACAGCUCGUCAUGAGAUGGUUCUGCAGUAUGGAUAAGGAGCAAUUCCUUAGUGUUGACAUAGGGUAUAAACAAAUCUAGGCAGUAGGCACUUCUCUCAUUCAAGGAGCAAGAUGUGGUGAGGUGGCAGUAUUGAUUUCCUGUUAUAUUUCUAGUCUUGAUCAAUGUGCAAUUUUUUUAAUGUUUGGUGAAGUCUAUUUAAGGAUGCUACUAUUCAAAUGGUGUGGCUACAUUUUACAGAAGAGACUGAUACGCAUGCCAUCCUUUUCCAAUAGAUGGAAGACUAUCCAGAUGAAAGUCUGGUAAAUUCUCUGGAACAGUGUGGCCCAUUCAUCAAUGAGGUACAGAAUUCUGCUGAGGAAUCAUCUGUGGUUUCUAGUAUGGUAACAGGGUCUAGUAGCUCAGAUACUGAAACUGGAGGAUCAUCUGGAAACAGUAUAACAGCCAGUGAGGGAACUUUUGUGAAUGAUGGUUAUAGAAAUCUUGACAUAAGCUGUCGAGGGAAAUGCCUAUCUGACAGCAAGGAGUUAGUUGGCCUGGAUCAGGUAAGUGAUAGUCAUAGUCGUGAUGAAUCGGGAAGGAAUAGAAGUAUUACUGAAGCUAGUACUUCAUUUAAAGAACAGCAAUCAUCAGAUCCUGUAUCUAUGAAUGUUUCAACUAACAUGGAUGCUGUCAAUGACAUUGACAAUUCAGAGAACAAGGGUUUUUCUCAGAUCUAUCCUGAUAUUAUACAUCCAAGCAGUUCAGAUCCUUCGAGGCUUGGAGAUUCACAUUCUAAUGAUGCUUCUUUUGACAAACAUAUGGGUGAAGUAACAGACAUACCUAAUUCCGAUUCUGAUUCUGUAACUCAUAGGCCUGAUGUUCGAGUAACCUUUCACCCAACUCAAGAUGAGUCUAUCCAAGAUUUGGUAGCUUCAGAUUUAGGAUUUCUUGUGCCCAAUAGGGAACAAGACCGGACAGACGGAACUGUACUCCAUGUCGAUGUUGUGAGUAUCUCUUCCAGCAUUUAUUCUAGCAGCACUUCAGAUACAAGCAAUCAUGAAGCCAGAAGGAAUAGCAGAAGACUGUUUUGGGAUGCAUUUUCAAGGCGCAGUUCUAGGAGGCAUGUUGAUUCUCCGACUACUGUUUUCUCGACAGAUAAUGAUGAUGAUGAUCUUGAAUCCCAUGACAGAUGGCUUCUUAAUUCCAGUGUUGAUUUUUUCAGCGAUGGGAUAGACAAUGAUUCUAGAUACUUGGGCAGGAGAAUUCACAGAUUGACUGAACGAAGACGACAGUCAAGAUCUGAGCUGCAGGUUUUGGAUGAAAUUCAUCGUCAGCCUGUGUCACUGUCUCUAUCCAUGAUGUCGCUCCCUGCCCCUGAAUCCAUAGUUGAUUCUUUCCCUCUUAAGAAUCACAAAAAAGUUGACAAAGUUGAGGGCAAUGAUGAGGAAGAACAGUGUUACAUUUGCCUGGCCGAGUACGAGGAAGGUGACAAAAUAAGGGUUCUUCCCUGCCACCAUGAAUAUCACAUGGCUUGUGUGGAUAAAUGGCUUAAAGAAAUACAUGGGGUGUGCCUACUUUGUCGAGGAGAUGUUCGUGAGGGUGCCAACGAGCCUUCAAUCCCAAAUCCGGAAAUUCCUUCCACUUGAUAUAAUAGCAUAUAUAAUUGUAUAUACAACCUUUUAUUACCUUAUAUAAAUUCCAUCUCUUGUAUUAUAUCCCCUGAAGUUUGAAUUCAACAGAUCUUACAGGUCGGUGACCUUUACUGUAAUUAAAUUUAAUUAUAAUAUUUAUUUUAUUUUAAAUUUAA